UGGAUGACCUUCCAUGGGCGUGGUGAAGCAUCGUCGUGUAGGAAAACGGCAAGUGUCUUAGCCCGACCUAUAUAAAGUAGCUACUGGGUGUGUUGGGCAUCAUUCGACCCAAGUCCACUUGAGACGAAACACUCCACAAUGGCAUUCAAGCUCUUCGUUCUUGCCGCUUUCGUGGCCGUCGCCAGGGCCGGAGUCAUCGCCCCCGUGUCCUACGCCCAUGUGGUGGACUCCGAGUACGACCCCAACCCCCAGUACUCCUACGCCUACGACGUGCAGGACCCCAUCACCGGCGACUCCAAGAGCCAGGUCGAGAGCCGCAGCGGAGACGUCGUCCACGGACAGUACUCCCUCAACGACCCCGACGGCACCCGCCGCACUGUCGACUACACUGCCGACCCCAUCAACGGAUUCAACGCCGUCGUCAAGAAGAGUCCUCUUGUCCACGCUAUUGCCACUCCCGUCGUCAAAUCGGUUCCUGUAGUGCAUUCCAACGAGGUCGUUGCUAAAGUCGCCAGCCCCGUUGUCGCCAACACCGUUGCCUAUUCCGCUCCAGUGUCGCACGUCGCCUACGCCGCCCCCGUGGCCCACAAUGUGGUCGGAACCCCAGUGGCGUACAGCGGUUACGCUCACCCCUAUUCCUACAACGCCUACAACGCUUACCACGUUCCUUAUGCCCACUACUAUUAGGUUCCCCGACUAAGACUUGAUGCCUGUACAAUGUAAUUUAGGUAAUGAUAAAUAAAAAACACAAAAAUA